AUGGCAAUGAAUUUAUCGGUUGAUCCAUGUGAUGACUUUUUCGAAUAUGCUUGUGGCCAAUGGAAUCGCGAUCAUAUGAUACCUGAUGAUAUGUUUGCUUAUGGUACGUUUGUAUCUGUCCGAGAAAAUGUCCGGCAACAAAUGAGAGUAUUGCUGGAAUCAGAUGUACCACCUGAAUCGAGAUCGAUUGAAAUGACACGUAUUGCUUAUCAGACAUGUAUGAAUACUAGCAAGAUUAAAUCAGUCAAGUCAUCACAACUGUUAUCGUCACUUCGUCAAUUAGCUAAUUGGCCAUUAUUGGAUAACAAUAAUGAAUGGGAUGUACCAGAAGAUGAUCGGCGCAACAUUACACGGCUCUAUAACGACAGAACAAUUUCAGAUUUAUACACAUUGUUUCCAAAGGUGGAAUGGUUAAAUUUCUUCUACCAAAUAGCGCCAGAAUCAAUUCAUAGUUUGAUUGGAAAUGAUACAGAAAUAAUUAUCGGUGAGAUUGAUUAUAUGUACAAUAUCGCAAAACUUGUCAGUGACAAUAGCAAUCAGUUAUUGGCAAAUUAUAUUUUUUGGCGAAUUGUACAUUCAUGGGUUAAAGUAUUAGAUGUACGAUAUGAAGAUAUUAGACAAGCUUUUCUACGAGUAAUGACCGGUCAACAAACUAAAUCGCCACGCUGGAAAGAAUGUGCCCAGGGAGCAAUAAGUUUAUUGCCACUUGCUGGUGGGGCACUUUAUGUCCGAGAACAUUUCGAUUCUACCGAUAAGCAGGAGGCUUUGAAAAUGAUUGCAAACCUUCAAGAAGCGUUCAAAGAGCUCGUCGAUGAAAAUGAUUGGAUGGAUGAGGAAACGAAGAAAGUUGCAGUUGAAAAGGCAGAAAGUAUGAGAAACAAUAUUGGAUAUCCUGAUUUCAUUAGUAACUCUACAGCGCUUGAUAAAUAUUACGAAAAAGUAUGAUUU